UAAACGUAAUUUUAAUCACUAGCUAAAGAAAGAAUUAAUUAACCAGAAAAUUAAGAAAACAAAAAUGGAGUACCACAACGUUACUACUUUGUUUCUUCUCUUCUUGGUCACCAUUAUUCUUUUCUCCAUUGCGCCACAUCCAACAACCGCAGCCGAUCCAAACCAACACAAAACUGGCAUCAAAGGCGCCACCCUAAUCCCUACCGCGUGCCGGUAUGCCGUGAAAAAAGGUUUCUGCAAUGCAAUGCUCGAAGCCGAUCCCAACUCCAAAGAUGCCGACUUACCCGGCUUAGGGCUCAUCGCUCUCAGACAAGCGGCCUCUAAUGCUUCUGAUAUCGCUGAGUACUUUAAGAAUUUGUUAAAUGAUUCCAGCCUGGACCCUGAAGUCCAGGAUGGCGCGUCGGAGUGUCUAGAAAUGUACCUCGACGCGGCUGAACAGCUUGAUGAUUCAGCCGCGGCGUUGAUGUCCAAAGGUUAUAAGGACGUUAACGCUUGGGUCGACGUUGCCAUCACCGACUCGAAAUCAUGUGACGUUGCACUUGUGGGACAUGAGUCCGUGCUGGGUGGGAAGAGCCAAGUGUUUCGUUGGUUGUGUGAGAAUGCUUUGGCUGUUAAUAAAGUGUUGGUCGAUGAGAAAAAUUGAACAAUAAUAUUGAUUGAUGUGUGUUCGUUGUCGUUUGGUCAAACGGGUUGUCGUUUAAAUAUGAUCUUUGAUCAACAAUUAACGUAGUGAUUAAUCAGCUCUUUCAUUGAAAAUUGGCUAAAUUAUUGUGUUUGGUUGGUUGAUGUAUUGAUAGUGUUUGAUCUGGAUACCGAUUAUACAAUAUUAAUUCAACGAAAUCACGGCAUGUCUAAUAUAGAUAAACAUGUACAUUUUUAAUAUUA